GCUUUCUACCUCGCUGUCAACCAGCUAUGGCCCAUCCUCUGGAAGGUGUCGAUGUCUUCCUGUUCGACGUGUUUGGUACGGUUGUCGACUGGCAGAACAGCGUCGCGCAGGAGCUGCGAACGAAGCACUACGACGGCAUGCUAGAACUCGACUGGAUUGCUUUCGCACAGGAGUGGCGCAAGGGAUAUAUCACGAACACGAAACGUAUCGCACAAGGUGGUGAAGGCCCUGGCAACAUCGAUACACUUCAUCGUCAGAUUCUUGACUCGCUGCUCGCUAGGCCAGAGUGGGAAGCUCUUGGAAAGCUCUGGGAUGAAGAGAAAAGGAAAGAGGUCAAUCUGGUCUGGCACCAACUGAGCGGUUGGAAAGAUACCACGCUCGGCUUGUAUGCGCUGAAGAGACAUGCUAUUAUUGGCACUCUAUCCAACGGGAACGUGCGACUCCUUGUCGAUAUGGCAAAGUAUGCCGAUCUGCCGUGGGACGUCGUCUUCUCAGGCGAGCUCCUUGGAUCCUACAAGCCAAACCCGAAAGUGUACCUCUCCGCACUCUCGCACCUCUCGCUCGCAGAUGCACCGGAGAAAGUGGCCCUCGUCGCGGCACACAUCUACGACCUCCGCAGCGCCGCUAGCCAUGGCUACAAGACAGUAUAUAUCCCGCGCGAGACAGAAGACAUCGACAUGCGCGACGACCUUAAGCGGCAUGAGGUGAAGAGCAAGGCGGACGGCGGCGAGGUCGACCUCGUGGUGAAUUCCUUUGAGGAGCUCGCCGAGGUCGUAGCUAAGGUCAAGAGAAGCAAGUUGUUGUGAGUAUCUGGAUACAUGUAGGAUCCUACGUGAUAUUGGGCCCUCGGGGGCUGUCGAUGGCGGGGAAAGCGAAUAGCACCCGAACAGACCGCCUGAGUUAUGUCAUACAGCGUGAUCAGCUCUGUAAAUCGUAGAAGGGAAACGACCGUACUUGGUGGUAACAUCUACGC